ACACACAAGCUCAUAUAAGGCAAUUUAGCCUAUUUCUUUCUUUUUAUUAUUAAUAUAAUGUGAACACAGACAGUGUGUCUAUUUACAUAUGCUACACACAGCAUAUCCCAGACAAACAAUUAUGAACAUUGACAAAGUCAAUUUAAUAAAUUUGGCGUAUUUCUGCAUGGACUUACUAACCUCUUUACAAUUAUUUCGACAGCUAGUAUCACUAAUGUGCAUUUAAUGAAAAGAAAAUUAUGACAAUACCAUAUAUUCCACAUUUUUCACAAUUGUGUUUUUCUUAUAUUUCUGUCUGUACCAAUAUCUGUUUUCUUAAAGAUUUGUGCUAAAUUAAGUAAGUAAUUAUUUAUGGUUUGUCACAUGUUUUGCUUUAUUGUUGGUUUUUAUUACUGUGUUGCAAAACUAGUGUUUGGAUAAUUAAACUCUAUUGUAAUAGUCAUUUACAUUUAUUUAUAGAAAAGCUUAUGGUUGAGAAAUGUACUUAUCUUAUACAGUAUGUACAAACUUAAGAAUUUGUUAAAACAAUGUCUCCUUUUGCCCACUCUAACAUCUAGCAUGGAAUUAGUUGGCAAACAAUUGUUAAAGGCCACAUAGCUAUACCAUCUUAUAUCUAUCUUAUAUUUCAUCCAUGCUACUGGACCCUAAAACGUCUGGCCUUGACAUGGAUGCCAUAUCUACUGACUUGAAAAAUGUCAGGUAUGUAAGCUCAAGACAUAAUGUUAACAAUACCACAACAAAUGGCAAAGACACCUCAGAAAUAUUUUACCUGGGAAUGUUUUAAACGCAAAGCACAAUGUGCCAGCAGGCCUGUUCAUUUUAAAAGUGAGAGCCCGAUGUAACAAGAAAUCUGAUCUAACUUAACAGUACUUUACAAACUAAACAUUUCAACAUAUUACAAUAUUUAAACGACAAAAUCAAGAACAGUGUAAAAGUAUUUCAGGCCAAUGUCAACUAAAGAUUUUACAAGAUCAGAAGGUAAUAAGUAUCAACGUUAAAGUUUAUGUAUUUACCAUGUCACACUUCUGUUACAUAAUUUAUCAAAAUUUUAACAACGUGUUCUCAAGAAAAAGUUAAAUAAUCAGUAAUCAUAGAAGUGGCACAGAUUUGACAAACCAUUCAACUAAUCAGUCAAAGAGACCACACCCCCUCUGUAAGACGUCAUGGAGUUUGAUGAGUGCAUCGGAAAGACUCGUAAAGAUCAAUUCAUUGCACAGAUUCAGUUCAUUAAAAUGAUUCGUUUCAACUAGCUGGUUCUUUAGGUCAUCGUUCAAUUGUCCGUGAAAUUAUUCAUUUCUUUACAGUUAGGCUACAUCUGGUCUGUUAUCUGAACUGUGUUUUCAAUUAUAUAGCCUAAAUUAUGGUGGUGUAAGUAGGCUAUGCAUUUUCUCGUACAUUUACAAUACAGUACAUAAAAACAUACGCAUAUAAUAUAAUAUUUUUUAACAUACGCAUAUAAUAUUUAAGGACAGUGGUACAAAUAGAAAGGCAGAGACCAUCUGGUUUUCAUUAUAACCAAUAGGCCUAUUUUUAAUUAUAACUUUUAAAUCUAUUAUAAUUUAUGUGAUGGUUUCUAUUGAUUUUUUCAGCUUCUUUAAGACAAUUAACCAUGAUUUAAGUAAGUUACAUUGGUUUAAUUUGUAGUAGUAGUAACCACAAAUCAACUACUGUCUCACCAUAAUGAUAAUAGUUUAACCAUGGUAUUUGUAGUAAAACUCUGGUAUUACAAAUAGUAAUCUAUCUGCCAACAAUCAUUUACUGAAACAAUUUUCCUAAGGGUACUGUAGUAGGUUACCACAUAAGUCCAUUCAUGAAUCGGUUCACUGAAUCAAUAAAAGCACCGGUUCUAAAGAAUGACUCUUCGCGAAUCGGACAACACGACAUUGGAGCAGCGCUCGAGUUCACUUCAAUCCGCCUGGAGAAACGUCGACAUGGGCACUGCGUUCAACGUUGUCGUUGGGAGACCGAGAAAGCGCGGCGAAAUCUAGAGAAACUGACAGCUACAGAGCAAGCCUUUCUUCUGUGACGAUUAAUGAAAAAGCUGUUGAAUUAGUUAAAUAUCCGUACUGAUAGAUGCCCCGCACACAGACUAGUUUAACACACAGUCCUCGCGUUCUGGACGUUUCAGUUUGGGGUCCAAGUCCGAUUAAAUUGAGAGACAAAUGGGUGGGAAUCUCGGGUGCCACCGGUCCAUCCCCAAGGACCCGACGGACUUCUGCCAGGGCAAGCGCAAGUUCAGCGCAGCGUGCAACUUUAGCCACAUUCUGGUAAACCAGGAGCGGUUGAACAUCAAUACGGCUACUGAGGAGGAGCUCAUGACUCUACCGGGUGUGAACCGCCGGGUGGCCCAAAACAUCGUGGAGUACCGAGAAUGCAUCGGGGGGUUCAAGAAAGUAGAAGACCUCGCGUUGGUCAGCGGGAUCGGUGCGACUAAACUGGAAGCUAUUAAACUAGAAAUUUGCGUUUCAUGCAAGAACAGCUCGUCUAAUCACUCGCCUUCGUCUUUGCGCAAAGAGAGCGAGCACCUGCCGUGCGCCGGCGUGAACAUAAACACAGCCACGCUGCCGCAGCUCGUGAGCGUCCGUGGCAUCACAGAGAAAAUCGCCAAGAACAUUGUGGAGUUCCGAGUUGUCCACGGCCCGUUUAAAAACAUUGAAAAUCUGGUUAAAGUUCCCAACGUGAAUUCAUCCCUGUUGGACCGGAUCCGUUUCCAGGUGUUCGUAGAGCGCUCCAGAACGCCCUCGACAAACACGAACGGCGGGUUCACGCAUCCGAGCCCCACAUCCUUCAGCGUGCGCAGCGAUGACAUAGACGUUCCUCCAGGUGGACCGGCGCUCAUCGCUUCUGUCCGGCCCUGCGUGGAGCCUCCCGCGGCAACGCGCGAUGGGAAGCCCGUGGUACGAGUGGCCACCUGGAACCUGCAGCGCUGCUCCAGUGAAAAGGCCAACAACCCUGGGGUGAAGGAGGUCGUCUGUAUGACCGUACUGGAAAACGACAUUAAGCUGCUAGCGGUUCAAGACUUGGCUGACCGGGAGGCUCUAGAGAAGUUUUGUGCUGAGUUGAAUCAUCCCACCCUCUCCAGCGUACGCAAGUGGAAGAGUGCCAGAGGUCUUUGGAAAUACGCUGUUUCAGACAAAUCCACUGGACAGUCCAAUAACGGGGCAGAGUACUCGGGGUUCCUGUGGGACUGCUCUUCUGGGAUUCAAAUGAAGGAUAUCACUGUCUUGGAAAAUUCUGCAACAAAUGGAAAUGGAAAACAUCCGCAUCCUCAGCCAUAUCUAGGCCGUUUUUAUAUUGGAUCGUCAGAGCUUACGCUGGUUAAUUUGCACCUGUCAGCGACACCAUCGGUUGGAGAACAGAAGGGGAAAAAUGGCUCCACUGAGGAGCUCAAGGCCUAUAGACUAAACACUGGUAUCCAGGAAACUCUCAAAGGCGAGCGUGAGUUGCUGGUACUCGGACACUUUGGCACAGCUCCGGACAGCCCUGAGAUGGAGUGCCUGAGGAAAGAAAAACUGACCGCCCUCCUCCCACCGUCUGUCUUUACGAACAUCAGCACUCGAACCCCACAAGGUUCCUGCUGUCUGGACAACAUCUGGACCAGCCGCUCCCUCAAGAAGAUCUACACCGGUCAUUGCUCUGUGGUAAGGGAAGGACUGACCAAUCCCUGGAUUCCAGAUAACUGGUCGUGGGGUGGGGUAGCUUCUGAACACUGUCCUAUAGUGGCAGAAUUCUACGUAGACAUCAUUCUGAAGGAGCAUCUGUGCAAUGGGAACGGAGUGGCGGUGGUGGAGAGAGAAGACACCAUGAGCAAACAUGAGCGAUGACCUAUGACUUUACAUGGUCACUGUAGAGAAAAAAAUUGUGACUAAUAGGUGGACAAAUGAAUAACGGAUGGACACAAUGACUGACUGAACUAGAUUGCGAUAAAUUAUUGUUUUCUGUUUUGUUGAUCUGUUCUAUGUACUGUAGAGAUUCAACAACCCUUUGAUUUUAAUGUGGCGUAAUAUGAGAGAGAUAUAGAGAGAGAUAUUUAAACAAAGAUUUAUUUAGGAUUGAAAAUAAAGAAAUCAAUUUUGUGUGCCAAAACUUUGUAAAUGCAUACAAUAAAUCAAUAUUUACAAGUUUGUGUGUCAUAAAAAACAUGCUCUACUUGCUGUUACUUUUUGAAACAAAACUGUAUAUCAUAAAAAAUUGCCUCAAACAAAAGCCUUUUAGGAGUUUUAUUCUAAAUAAUGUAGAAAUGUUCAUGUGUUAUUUUGUAGUCAAAGCUUAACAAAUAAUAAACGCGCAGUU